UCGCCGCCCCCUGGCCGCGGGGCGGGCGCGCAGUCGGUGGCGGCCAUGGCUCCGAGCGCGCAGGCGGGGGGCGGCCGCGGGCAGGCCCCGGGCCCGGGGCUCCGGCAGGGCAUCCGUGCCGUCCUGCUGGGGCCGCCCGGCGCCGGCAAGGGCACGCAGGCUCCCAAACUGGCCGAGACCUACUGCGUGUGCCACCUGGCAACCGGGGACAUGCUGCGGGCCAUGGUGGCUUCGGGGUCCGAGCUGGGCAAGCGGCUCAAAGAGACGAUGGAUGCGGGGAAGCUGGUGAGUGACGAGAUGGUGGUGGAGCUGAUUGAGAACAACCUCGACUCCCCUCCCUGCAAGAACGGCUUCCUCCUGGAUGGCUUCCCACGCACGGUGAAGCAGGCUGAAAUGCUGGAUGAGCUCCUGGAGAAGAGGAGAGAGAAGCUGGACUCUGUCAUUGAGUUCAGCAUCCCCGACUCCUUGCUCAUCCGGAGAAUCACUGGACGGCUGAUUCACCCAGCGAGUGGCCGCUCUUAUCACGAGGAGUUCAGACCCCCGAAAGAGCACAUGAAGGACGAUGUCACUGGAGAGCCCCUGAUCCGCCGAUCGGACGAUAACGAAACAGCCUUGAAAACCCGCCUGAAGGCCUAUCACACGCAGACCUCUCCCCUGGUGUCCUACUACAGCAAGCGAGGGAUCCAUACGGCGGUGGAUGCCUCCCAGUCUCCCGACGUGGUGUUUGCUAGCAUCCUGGCAGCCUUCUCGAGAGCAACAUGUAAAGACCUGGUUAUGUUCAUUUAGGGCUCUGUCCCUCCCAGGAUGGAGCUCUCCCUUCUUUCUCUGUCUCUCCAUCUCUAUCUCUGUCUCUUUGGGGAUAGGGAGGGUGAAGAGCUAAGCAGAGUAGAAGAGGAGGGGACUAGAUGAUGCAGCCCAGGACAGGGCUGUGCUAAUUCUCUAUUAAACAAGCUGUUAACGGUCUCUAUCUCAGUAUAUGUGAAUGUCGGUCUGUCUGCGGAUGCUGGAGAUCUCACCCCUAGAGGUCGCAGCGAGCCAGAGCACCCGCUGCCAGAGAUGGGGUUUGCACCCCUUUGGGUCAAAAAGCUUUUGUUUCAUUCUAGAGCUGUAGCUCCCUGGAAGGAGCUGUACUUUCAGCUCCUCCUGGCUGCUCCACAGGGGAUUAGCAGAAGGUUGGAGAUCAGGGCUGAGCAGUGGGGACGAAGGACCUUCACGGGGUGCCAGAUAGGUAAUGCUUUCUGGCUGCAGGAAACGAAACACGGGGUUGCUUGUGGGAAGCGUGUGAAGGGCUGCGUGUGUGUUGGCUCGGGGAGCAGAUGUGGGAGGGAUGGCUCGGCUGUGCACUGCUGCUCAGGGCUUGGUGAGAACUUGCUCUUGUUGUACAUGUGUGGGAUGGCAGGUUACCUGAGAGCACAGUCUGUCUUCUGUUCUGAUGGGGCCUGUGGGGCAGACAGAGGGUGGCUGAGAGCUAGGGGUUUUCAGCCACUCAUUUUUGGCCCCCAAUACAGCAAAUAUUAGUGAGAUCCUUUUUGCUUUUUUUAAUAACAUGAAGUUUCUAAUCAGAGUCUGACAGUCACUGUGUGUGGCAAGUUGGGAUCUCCUGAGGACAAGGAAAGGACUUGGGUUUUAUCUCUUCACUCUUGCCUUGGCUUUGGCCAAGCAGACGAAGGUGUGUUGAGCUUCUCCUGAUCCCAAAGGCUAAAUAAAGCCUUAUUGCAAAACAAAUGAUUUUUCAAGGCCUGAGAGACAGCGUUAUUAACCACUGGCUUCAUGUGCCCUUGAGCCAACGACCUUCGUUAUGAGAUCAUGGAAAUGUACUUGUUCCUUGAGCAAAUCAAACAGCUCCAUCAGGCGCUCUGUUUGAGGACACCAUGUGCAGUGUGGUUAGUGCCCCGGCUUCUUGGGGCUGUUACGCUGCUGUAUGGUGACCCUGCACGGCUGGCGAUGACCUUUGCCCAUGCAGGUUUCCAGUCCUUCCUUGAGGAUCCCGCUGUAAAUGCAGAUUGGCCCAGAUGAAGCUUUGUCCUUUGGCCUUCCAUGUAUGUUUACUGAUUUAGUGUUGUCGAGUACCCUCCUCUUUUGAGGAGAUGGCCUCUCUCCUUCCUGUGCACUGAGCUGCUGUGGGCUGUGUGUCCAGAGCAGAUGCCUAAUUCUCAGGAAUCCCGUGCUCUUUUUCUUGAUAAUUUCUCUUUAGUCUGAAAAUCACUCUGUGUCCUUGUGCGUCCUUUCCAGGGAAACAACCUCUUCCCUUCCAGCAAACUGGAAAUAACACCAGGAACUGAAAGCAGUUGCUGACUUGUUGCUCUUGAAAGCACGUGACUGCGGGGAGAGAGGGUUCAAAAGUAAACGGCGCUGGUUUCGUCAGCAGCCUGCAGUCCCCUGAGAUCCCCCAGAUGGCUGUUGCCUUGUUGAUCGUCUCUGGCUUUUCCGUGAAAGGGCAGCCCCCGGCGCGUGGCCUGAGCGGGGAGGUUGGGAUAGUGCUUAGCAUGGGACUGCUGUGCUCCAGGGUAGUGGAGAGGAAAGUGUGUUAGAGCUGUCACGGCAUCUCGAUGACUGUAAAGGAAUUCUGAGUGGAAGUAGCUUUUGUUUUGGCAUCUCGAGAGAGUUAAAGGACAGCUGCAGCCCCGUAAGUGCUGCCGUAAUGGCAGGAGGGGUUCCUGGCCAGUUGGUGUUCCUGGAUUUGGUCAUGGUUUUACUCCACAGCAAGAACAAUGUGUUCUUCCACUCUCCGUUCCGUUCCCCCUUUGCGCUCACUCUACAUCCAGCUCACCAGCCUUUUUCUGCCAUAAACCAUGAUUAAUUUUGGUUGUUUUUUUUCCCCUAAAUCUAUUUUUUUUCUUUGUUCCCAUUUAUUCCAGCUGAGUGACUCCGUGAACCAGAUGAGAGACCACCAAACGCUGCACGCUCUGCUACAUCACCCAUUGCAGCCCUCCCCUGGGUGCAGGGGAGGCAGGGAGGGCAGCUGGGAGGGGGUUCAGAUUGAUGGGAGGGGAAUAAGGAGGUGGUAGACAAGGGGCUUGGGGGCUGAUUUGGUUGGGUUUUGUUUGGAUUUCUUAUUCAGGAGAAUCAUUGUGAAGAGGAGAUGGUCUUCUCCUUAGAAAUCACAGUUUGGGGAGGCAAAACAAUUGUACAGAGUGAAAUAUCUCUGCCAGCAAUCAGACGUGGGUCCUUGACCUGUUAGGAGGGUAGGACUAGAUGCCGUUCCAGGCUUCUCCAGGACUUUCAGGGCUUCUUUCAUGGGCUCUUAAUACUCUGAGGCCACUGCAAGGUUUGCUGUGAUUUUUCUAAAGUUGCUUCCUGUCAGCGAGGACCAAAACGAACAAAUGACUCAUCAUUUCUGAAACGGAAAGGAAAAAAAGAUGCCAUGGUCUUUUCCUGGAAGUUUUAUUGUUCUUGUCCUGCUGCAUUCCUAAACCCUGGCAUAGAGACUUCUCAAGGUUUCUCUGCUGCUGAACAGAGGGGCUGCGGCUCUAGUCCAAGCCUGCCUUACUUGGCAACAGGGUGGCUUUUCUGUGAUCUUGACCAAGCUGGAAUUCACACAAUUCUGAAGAAAUGCAAAAGAGACUUUUUUUUUAAUUGACUGCAAAAAUAACACUUAAUUGGGUUUUUUUUUGCAUUUCUUUUUAGAUCAAAUGGUGCCUUGUCUAACCUCUGAAUCAAUAAUAAAAUAACCCCUUUACAUUUUG